AUGUCCACCCGGUUGCUACAACGUCUAGGUAAAGGCGGUAUUGCCGUUUUCCGAGUGCGGGUGUUGGGUACGCGGGUGCCUUUUUGUGCCAAUGCUAUCCAAAGGCAGUCACCUUUUCAUCACUCGCCGCUGACGGAUCUGUCGAUUCCGUCUGCCACCACUAUCAAAGAGCAAUGGUGCGACGAAGAAACAGAAGAUGACCUCGUAGACGCCGGGAUCUUCACGGACCAGGUCCACCCCGCGAUCGGGCACGGGAUUAUGCAACGCGAUACGAAGAAACUGAGAGAAACCAUCGCGGCUCUGGUAGACGACAAGGAACAGCUGACGAAAGGGCUCCAUCUCGCGAUCCAUGUCGGCAACGAAGCUGCGGCUGUGCUUCUCCUCAGCGCCGGCGCAGACCUGGAAAUGGAGGACCUCUACCUCUGCGGCAUGGCCGCGGCGCCGUACCGCGCGAUACACAAGCGCAUGCUGCCGCUGGUCCGGCUGAUGUGGGACGCCACGGCGUAUUUGCAGGAUCGAAAACGCGGCAGGAACAAAAUACGCCGGACGCAGUGGCUUGGUAUAGCGGCGGAAUGCGGACACGCCGACGUGGUCCGCGAGAUGAUGCGAUGGAGUGGCGACUGGGACUACGACCAAGCUCUGUGGAACGCAGCGUACAAUUGGCACUACGAGACGGUGAAAACCCUGGCGAGCGCGCAUGAUUACUCGCAAAAAGCGAUUCAGGAGGCGCUGGGCCAUGUCUGCGACGUGAACGGCGAAAUUGACUUUGACAUUAUGUGCUGCGACAAGACGACAGACGCAAGACAUCGGGAGAUGGGACAGGUUAUACGGUGGCUGGUAGAUGCAGGGGCCGAUCCAGAUAAUGCGAAGACAGUGUUGAAUGGAUAG